CCGGAGGCGAACAAGGGGGAGUUACGCUUUGGGGAUAAAACGAGGCGUGGAGAGCAGGCUGGGGCAUUUCUCCCAGAGAUGGCGGGUGUGACGGCAGCGGCGGCCCCACGGCCCGGACUCCUGCUGCUCCUGCUGUCGCUUCUGCACCCCUCGCAGCCUGGAGGGGUCCCGGGGGCUGUGCCUGGUGGGGUUCUGGGAGGAGUUCCCGGAGGAGUUCCUGGAGGGGUCUUUUAUCCAGGAGCUGGUCUCGGAGGCCUGGGAGGAGGAGCGCUGGGGCCUGGAGGCAAACCACCCAAGCCAGGUGCUGCGAUUCCAGGGGCCUUUGGGGCAGGCCCUGGAGGACUCGGGGGGGUUGGCCCCGGCGCAGGGCUUGGUGCCUUCCCGGGAGGUGCCUUCCCGGGAGCCCUGGUGCCUGGUGGAGCCGCAGGUGCUGCCGCAGCUUAUAAAGCUGCCAAGGCUGGUGCUGGGCUGGGUGGUGUCGGAGGACUUGGUGGCGUGGCUGGUGUUGGUGGCUUGGGAGUGUCCACAGGUGCCGUGGUGCCUCAGCCGGGGGCGGGAGUCGGAGUUGGAGUCGGAGCUGGAGCGAAACCGGGGAAAGUGCCGGGUGUGGGGCUCCCAGGUGUGUACCCAGGAGGAGUGCUUCCAGGCACAGGAGCUCGCUUUCCUGGAGUUGGAGUGCUCCCUGGCGUUCCCACUGGCGCAGGAGUGAAGCCCAAGGCCCCAGGUGCUGGAGGAGCUUUCGCCGGAAUCCCAGGGGUCGGGCCCUUUGGGGGCCAGCAGCCUGGAGUCCCUCUGGGGUACCCCAUCAAGGCCCCCAAGCUGCCCGGUGGCUACGGACUGCCCUACAGCACUGGGAAACUGCCCUACGGCUAUGGCCCCGGCGGAGUGGCAGGUGCAGGGGGCAAGGCCGGCUACCCGACAGGCACAGGAGUUGGCCCCCAGGCUGCAGCGGCAGCCAAAGCAGCUAAGUAUGGUGCUGCAGGAGCCGGAGUCAUCCCCGGUGUUGGCGUGGGCGGCGUUCCCGGUGCAGUUCCUGGGAUUGGAGGCAUUGCAGGGGCCGGAGCUCCCUCUGCUGCUGCUGCCGCUGCAGCCGCGAAGGCAGCCAAGUAUGGGGCUGCUGGAGGCUUAGUGCCUGGCGGACCAGGAGCUGUAGUCCCGGGUGCCGGGAUUCCAGGUGCUGGGAUCCCAGGUGUUGGGGUCCCAGGCAUUGCAGGUGUACCAGGGGCUGUGUCACCAGCUGCAGCAGCUAAAGCAGCCGCCAAGGCGGCCAAGUAUGUGGAGUUGGUGGAGUCCCUGGAGCUGGCAUUUCCCCAGCAGCCCAGGCAGCAGCUGCAGCCAAAGCUGCUAAGUACGGUGCUGCAGGAGCUGGAGCCCUGGGAGGGCUGGUGCCAGGCGCAGCAGGUGCAGUACCAGGGGUGCCGGGCGUCGGAGGCCUUCCAGGUGCUGGGACCCCGGCAGCUGCCGCCGCCGCCAAAGCAGCCGCCAAAGCUGCUCAGUUUGGGUUAGGCCCUGGUGUCGGCGGGGUUCCCGGAGUCGGCGGGGUUCCCGGUGUCGGCCCUGGGAUCGGCGGAGUUCCUGGCGUUGUCCCUGGCGGCAUCGGCCCUGGGGUGGCAGGAGUUCCUGGAGUGGGGACCCCAGCUGCGGCCAAGUCUGCUGCGAAGGCAGCUGCCAAGGCUCAGUACCGGGCCGCUGCCGGGCUUGGUGCUGGCGUGCCUGGGCUUGGAGUUGGUGCUGGCGUGCCUGGGCUUGGAGUUGGUGCUGGCGUGCCUGGGCUUGGAGUUGGUGCUGGUGUGCCUGGCUUCGGGGCAGGUGCAGUGCCUGGGUCCCUGGCUGCAGCUAAGGCAGCGAAAUACGGAGCGGGAGGCGUGCCUGGAGCUCUCGGCGUGCCCGGGGGUCUCGGCGUGCCCGGGGGUCUCGGCGUGCCUGGGGGGCUGGGUGGAGCAGGUGUCCCAGGUGCAGUAGAUGCUGGACCUGCUGCAGCCGCUGCCGCAGCCAAAGCGGCAGCCAAAGCUUCCCAGUUUGGCCUAGGGGGACCUGGAGGGCUCGGAGCUGGGCUCGGGGCUGGUGGAGCCAUCCCAGGAGCCGGGGCCUUUGGAGGUGUGUCUCCAGCUGCAGCUGCUAAGGCAGCCAAAUACGGUGCUGCUGGCCUUGGAGGCGUCCUUGGAGGCACCAGGCCAUUCCCAGGAGGAGUCGCAGCGCGCCCUGGCUUCGGACUGUCUCCCAUUUACCCAGGUGGCGGUGCUGGGGGCCUGGGAGUCGGUGGCAAACCCCCCAAGCCUUACGGAGGGGCUCUGGGAGCACUUGGAUAUCAAGGUGGGGCUUGCCUGGGGAAAUCUUGUGGCCGGAAGAGGAAGUGAGCCUCCCGGGACCCCUGACUUGCGACCUCAUCAACGUUGGUGCUACUGCUUGGUGGAGAAUGUAAACCCUUUGUGACCCCUUCCCCAAACCCCCUCCUCAUCCCCAACCCCGGGAGGGGCCGGGCAGGGCCGGCUGGGCGGCCUUGGGAACCCACAGGGCAUGGGAACGGAGCGCAGAAGCCCUGGGGCUCCUCUGAAGAUGGUGCCGACACUCCCUGGGCAGCCCCGCCCCCCCCCUGCCCACCAGGGUCCACCCUGGCUGUGGUCCAGUUGGUUCCCACUCACCUUAAGCCUCAAAGCUGGAUUCGGCCAUGCCAUCCCCGUCUCCCCCCUCCCCCCACCCCCCACCCCCCACUCCCCACCACACCACCAAUGGCUGAUCCCACGUCCGGGUCGCCUUUGGGUUAGAAGAGCUGGGGAAUAGCUCCCUUGCUCUCGUGGAACCAUCCAUCCGUCCAUCCAUCCGUCCAUCGGUCUGUCCAUCCGUCCUUGUCCCCAGUUGGGUGCCCAUUGCCACUAGCUGGCUGGGCACACCCACCCCCAACCUGGCUACCCCAUCAAGGCAGCCCAGGGUGCGCGGGGCGGUGCACCUGGGGCGGCUGGAGUCUCCCCCGACCUGGGUCUCCCACACGCAGUACUGUAUGCCCGGUCCCUCGCUCGAGCCACUGUACUCCCAGCAUGCCCUGCCCCAGCCCCACCCGUCUCUUUGUGUCUCGCUGUGAUAGAACAAUAAAUAUUUUAUUUUUUGUCCUGGA